AUGCCCAUCACCACCAUUACCCCUCUCGUCUUCGUCAUCGGUCUCGCCAUGCUUAAGGAGCUAUGGGAGGAUAUUAAACGCGGCGCGUCGGACUACGAGACGAAUAAGCGGAAAAUACGCGUGAUUCUUCCGGAUGGGUCGGAAGCGAUGCGAGAAUGGAGAGAGUUGAGAGUCGGCGACAUAGUUCAAGUAGAAGGCGACACGUACUUCCCCGCAGAUUUAAUCUGCUUAGCCAGCAGCAGCGACGACGGUUCGUGUUACGUAGAAACUAUGAAUUUGGACGGCGAGACGAAUCUGAAGUUGCGCCAGGCGCUCCACGAGACGUAUUCGCUCGACGGGUCGCAGCUGGCGAGAUUAAGAGGCACUGUGGAGUGCGAGCAUCCUAACGUCUCGAUCUACACAUUCACAGGGAAGAUGCGCCUCGAGGGCCUUCAAGAGACUCCUAUUUUCCUCUCGCCGACUAACAUUCUCCUUCGCGGCUCCAAGUUAAGAAACACGCGGUUCGCGGUGGGUCUGGUGGUUUACUCGGGGCGCGAGACGAAGAUUAUGAUGAACGCCACGGAUCCGCCGUCCAAGCGAAGCUUCGUGGAAAGGCGGUUGGAUUACGUCAUCAUUUUCGAGCUCGUUCUCAUGCUGUCACUCGCAAUCUUCCCCGCCGCGGUCUUCGCGGCGCGGCUGCCGUAUCAAGAGCAGUACAUGUGGUACCUGGAGCUGGAUCAGAACGCGCAGCUCACGGGGCUUAACAAGGCGCAGUAUAACGCGGACAACCCCGCUCUCGCUGGCGUGCUGCAGUUCUUCACGUGCCUCGUGCUCUAUGGUGAGCUCUUUGACACUCCCUCUCAUCCCCUCCCGUCUCAUCCUCUUUCCUCUCAUCCCCUACCACGUGAUCCUUUCCCCACUCACCCUCCCCUUUCAUCCCCUCCCCUCUCAUCCCCUCCCCUCUCAUCCCCUCCCCUCUCAUCCCCUCCCCUCUCAUCCCCUCCCCUCUCAUCCCCUCCCCUCUCAUCCCCUCCCCUCUCAUCCCCUCCCCUCUCAUCCCCUUCCCUCUCAUCCCCUCCCCUCUCAUCCCCUCCCCUCUCAUCCCCUUCCCUCUCAUCCCCUCCCCUCUCAUCCCCUCCCCUCUCACCCCCUUCCCUCUCAUCCCCUCCCCUCUCGUCCCCUUACCUCUCAUCCCCUCCUCGUUCAUCCCUGGAGGUCAUGCACCUGCUGCAGUCUGCAAAUGCCGCUCUGUCUCUGCUCGUGUCAUCCAUUUCGUCUCUGCUUCUGCUGCAGGCGGUGACGAUAUCAUUCGACCUGCACAUGUACUACGAGGACAAGGACAUCCCCGCGCUCGCCCGCACCUCCAACAUCAACGAGGAGCUCGGCAUGGUGCGCACGGUGCUAUCAGACAAGACAGGCACGCUCACACGCAACCAGAUGGAGUUCUUCAAGUGCUCCAUCGCCGGCACGCCCUACGGCAUGGGCGUCACCGAGGUCGAGAAGGCCGCCGCCCAGCGCGCAGGCCGCCCUCCCCCAGAAGAGGACGAGGACGACGAGCAGGUGUACGUGCCGGAGCGCCCCCUGGAGAAGGGCUUUAACAUGCGCGACCCAAGGUUGGACGGCAUGAAGUGGGUGGAGCAGCCGUGUGCCGAUGAGAUCCGACGCGGGUGUGGGGGCGGGGGUGGUAUGGGGAAUGGCGCAGGCGGGGUGGGCGUGGGAGCGAGUCCCGGGAUGAAGAGCAGCAGCAGCAGUGUGAGCGUGGCGAGUGGGGGAUCCAGUGUGAGAGGUGGCGGGGCGGUCAGUGCAGGCACAGGGGUGAUGGGCGUAGGGGGCACGCCGCUGCUGCCAGGGGAAGGGGAAAGUGGGGGAGAGACGCCGUCGCCGCUGUUACCGGGAGGGGAGGAGGCGGUGGAUGGGGAGGCGGUGAGGUUCCUGGCGGAGUCGCCCGAUGAGGCGGCCUUUGUGGUGGCGGCGAAGCGCCUGGGGUUCCUGUUCCUGGGCCGGCAGGGUAACCAGCUGAAAGUGCGCGAGUAUGGGGCGCAGUGGAGUGUGGUGCAGGACCGGUCGUACGAGCUGCUCAACACUCUCGAGUUCACCAGCCACCGCAAGCGCAUGUCGGUGGUGGUGCGCACGCCAGAGGGGCGCCUGCUGCUGCUCUGCAAGGGCGCAGACAGCGUCAUCAUGGACCGCCUCGGGACCUCCGAGCAGGCUCAGAAGUACCGGCCAAUCACGGAGCGCCACAUGACCAUGUACGCGGAGGCGGGGCUUAGAACGCUGGCGAUCGCGUGGAGGGAGGUGGGCGAGGAGGAGUACGCGGCGUGGCAGCAGCGGUGGGUGGACGCCAAGGGGUACGUGGCGGACGCGGGUGUGCAGGCGGAGCGACUGGAGGCACUGGCUGAUGAGCUGGAGAGUGGACUGGCGCUGGUGGGCGCCACUGCCAUUGAAGACAAGCUGCAGGUGGGGGUACCACAGGCGAUAGAGGCGUUGGCGCAGGCGGGGAUAAAGCUGUGGGUGCUGACAGGCGACAAGCUGGAGACAGCUAUCAACAUCGGGUUCGCAUGCAGCCUGCUGCGCCACCACAUGCAGCAGCACCUCGUGUUCCUCGAGGACAAUGACGCCGCUGCCAAGGAGGCUGCCAGAAGGGGCGUGCCACUCAAGGAUUUUGCAGCGGAGUUGGUGCGCUCGCAGAUCCUGGCAGCCAGUGAGUCCGUGCACGCCGCGCAGUGGGCACGCGCACAGCACGCACGCAGCACACAGGCCAGCAGCAACGGUGCCGAUAACCGUGCAGAGGAGCACAGCGGGGAUGGUGGCAGGAGUGAGGGCGAGAGUGGAAGUGGGAGUGAGAGUGGCAGCGAGGGAGGGGCGGCACAGGAGCAUGCGGUGGUGAUAGACGGCAAGGCACUGGCACUGGUGCUGGCGGACGAUGCCCUGCGCGCCGCCUUCCUGGAGCUGGCGCUGCAGUGCGCGUCCGUGAUCUGCUGCCGUGUGUCGCCCAAGCAGAAGGCGCAGGUGACGGCCAUGGUGCGGCGCGAGGGCCAGCAGAUCUGCUUGGCCAUUGGGGACGGGGCUAACGACGUGGGCAUGAUUCAGAAGGCGAACAUCGGCGUGGGGAUUCGCGGCGAGGAGGGGCAGCAGGCUGUCAUGGCAUCAGACUUCGCCAUUGGCCAGUUCCGAUUUCUGGAGCGGCUGCUAUUGGUGCACGGGGGGUGGUGCUACAAGCGCAUCUGCAUUCUGAUAACCUAUUUCUUCUACAAGUGUUUCGUGUUCGCCUUCACCAUUCUCUUUUACAACUGUCUCGCCUACUUCUCCGGCACAUCGGUGUACUACGACUGGUACCUCACGCUCUUCAUGGUCUUCUUCACCUCGCUGCCCAUCGGCGUCGUGGGUAUCAUGGACCAGGACGUCAAGGCCGUCUACCGCCUGCGCUACCCGCAGCUUUACAAGCAGGGCCAGCGCAACGAGUACUUCUCAGUGCUGAAUGUGGCGAGCUGGAUGGUGAACGGGCUGGUGCAGGCGGGCAUCAUCUUCGCCCUCACGCUGCUGCCCUUCGCCCUCGUGCCUGACCGCAGCAGUGGGCUCAUUCUGGACCUCACAGCCAUCGGCACCAUCAUGUAUGCCGCUGUGGUCACCACCGUCAACCUUGAACUCGGCUCCAACGUGCAGUAUUGGAACGUGUUGCAUUUCCUGACCAUAUUCGGCUCCAUCCUCUUCUUCUUCAUCCUCAUGACGGUCGGCAGCUAUCUGCCUGCCAAGUGGGUCGGCAAUCUGGUGGGCGUGGCCGCCCAGCUGCUGCCCGCCGCCAGCUUCUGGCUCAACCUGGUGCUGGCCGUGGUGGGCGCCAUGCUGCCAUCAUAUGCCAUCCGCGGGAUCUGGAGGCUGCUUCUGGCAGUGGUGACAGCCAUGACGCUAUUUGGGGGAUUUGGAGGUGAGGGCGUGGGCUCACUGGGGUGGGAUUGGGAGGGGAGGACGGGGAAAGAGCAGAUGGAAGGGACAGGCACCCUUGUGCCUCACAUUAUCUGCUCACACUCGCACUGCAUCCCACCUGCUGCCCGCCGCCAGCUUCUGGCUCAACCUGCUUCUGGCAGUGGUGGCCGCAAUGCUGCCGUCCUACGCUGUCCACGGGAUUUGGAGGUGCUGGGCGGGAUAGGCAAGGGGGAAAAGGGAAAGAGGGUCUGCGAGCAGCUGGUGCAAAAAAAUUGCGUGAACAAGGUGGUGGGAAUUGCCGGGGUUAAUACAGUGGCACCUCAAGCUUUCAACCAUUCAUCGCUGAUGCUCACUGUCUCCCCCCCUCUUCCCCUGCUUUCAACCUGCUGUGUCUCGUCUCAUGGCAGGCAUGUGUGCCCGGGCGACCACGAGGUGGUGCAGGAGAUCGAGCGCAGAGAGAGGCGGCGAAGGCUGAUGCGGCUCUCCACCAUGGCACGCCACAUGUGCGCCGGUGCACCACUGGUGACCAAUCACAGUGCGAGUGGCGCUGCUGACGUGGAGAGGUCGGCUCAUGGCUCUGCUGGUAGCGAUGACCGUGGGGAGGGGAAGGGGAAAAAGAAGGGGGUGGGUGGGGUGGGAAACGGGGUUGUGGGAGAGUACCACGUGGCAGCAGAGAAGGGUCCGAGUGUGGCUGAGGAGUUGAGACACAGACACAGCAGCAGCAGAGACACUCAGCAGUAA